UCUGACAAUGCUGCUGCUCUGGGCUGCAGUCAUCGGUGUUUCCAGCUGUGAGAACGCAAUGGGCACCACGGCAGUAACUCCUGUCGUGCCUUCAACCAGCUCAGCCCUCAAACCUCCACACACCUCGCCUACCCUCGCCUCAAACUCCUCAAUUCAACCAUUCACUUCCACCAACGUGUCUGACAGCUCACCCUCACUCAGCACCACUUCACCCAGCACCUCAAACCUCACGCAAAACCAGACCUCACCUGCAAUCACCACGCCCACCACCACAGUGAACGCCUCCACCAAAGCCUCACCAGACACUCCACAGUGUUCUUACACUGUUACACCCAUCAAGUUUGGCCUCCAGAUUGACAUCACAAGCUCUCCCCCUGGUCACUACACCAUAAAGAUUAAUGAAGUGGGGCAACAAGAGACUGGAAAGAAAUUCAACGCUGACUUCGGUCAAACCUCAUCACAUGACAUCACACACCUGAAGCCCUGUACUGAAUAUGAGCAUUAUGUGAUGUUUAAUGAUGGCACUGAUGGACAAACACCCUGUAACAGCACUGAACAUAAAACAAGGACAUCUAGCAUGAGUCAAAGUGACAUUAAAGACGUCAGCAACACUUCACCAUGCGUCCCUGGAUCUGUUUGUUACUGGAGUGAAUGGGACAUCAGCUCCUCCAUGUCAACAUCAGAUCAUACUACAGCUCAGUCGUGCACAAGUGACAGUAAAAUAUUCUGCAUCAAACCUGCUUUCAAUGAUAUUUGCUCAGAUUUGACCACAACCUUCACUUCAGGAAACUGUUCUUCCUUCAACCUCACCAAAAACAUCCCUGUUGGUUUCUUAAAUCUAAGUGAUAUAAAUUCAACAGUUCAAUCUAAACUUCCUGCAGAGAUAGACACAACAUUACCUUCACAGUGUCAUCUCACCACUGAUUACACCUGUCAGGAAAAUGGACAAAUCAAGGAACUGUCUGAGCUGGAGCCCUUCACAGACUACAGCUGUAUCGGCCACAUUAAGGACAUGAACGACGACACCAUAAUAAACACAACUGAUAUCCCCGUCAGGAUUAACUGUGAUCUUCAAAUAAUCAACAUGGAGACAAGUGUAACCAGCACUUCCAUCCAUAUGAGCUGGACCACGACCAGUGCCAACUGUCAUGAAGUUCUUCCAACACUUCCAAAGCUUUCUUAUGACUGCAGCUGCUCACCUGCUCACAACAAACCUAAGUUGAUUGUUUUCAAAGAUCCACGAGGAGGAACAUCUGAUAUUAAAGGACUGGAACCAUGGACAGACUACAUCUGUAGAGUCCAACCCAAAUACAACAACAGCCUCGAGGGAACAUCAGCUGUAGUUAAACCGAAAACUGGUCCUGGAAUACCAGAUGCUGUUUCUUACCUGUCGCUGAAUCCAGAGUAUAAUGCAGCAUCCUGUGGUCAUACAGGACGUUUUAAUGGACCUGAGGGGAAAUUCAUUGCUCGUCUUUAUGUUAGUGAUGACCCUCCGAAGCUGUUUAAAAACGAAACAAAAGACCAAUGUUAUUUUCUAUUCAGUGAUCUACAGUAUUCUACCCCCUACAGAGUGGAGGUGACUGCUUUUAAUGGAGAAUAUGAGAGCAGCCCCGUCAUACGGGCUGAUGACACAAUCUACAUGAGAAACAAAAGUUUCUUUAUUGCUCGACUCAGCUUCAUCACCAUUGGCAUCAUCAUCAUGAUCACAUUUGCGGUCGACUACCCGUCCUCUGUUCUGAAGCGCAGAAAGUCCAGAGAUGAUGUGACUGUAGAUGUGAGGCUUCAAUCAACAGCAGUUUAUGAAGAAUGAAUGAAGAAUGAAUGAAUUAAUGAAGAGCCUCCUGGUUUGAGAUCAUGAAGAGGUUCGCUGAUGAAAACGGGCCUGAUGGAGCUGCCUGCCCUCCCAUCACUGAAUCUUUCUGCUAAAUGUUCAGUGUAUUAUAGGUUCUACUGCCAUUUUAUGCUUUUAAUAACAUUUCUGCUAUUGUGUUGUAGUUGUUAUUAACUAUUAUGUUUACCCAUUUUAAAAUUCUUCUAUUAAUAUCUAUCU